AUGCCCAUGGUCUUCUUGGAGGAUCCCAAGAGUAAAAUCGCCGGGGCGGUGACCCAGCCACGCCGCAUCGCAGCCAUCUCCCUGGCGCAGCGUGUUGCUUCGCAGCUCAACGAGUCCGUGGGGCAGACGGUGGGCUACCGCGUGGCCAUGGAUGGCCAGGUGUCGACGUCCACGCGUUUAUCUUUCGUGACAACAGGAUGGCUGUUGAUGUAUCUGGCUCACCGCCCGGAGGCCUUGCGCCACUACAGCCACAUUGUGUUGGACGAGAUUCACGAACGAGAUCUGGAUAUGGACCUGCUGUGUCUGCUUCUGAAGCGAAGUUUGGAGAAGAAUCCCAACCUGCGACUGGUGCUGAUGUCCGCCACGGUAGAUGCAACUCAGUUGGAGCAGCGGACCCUACCGGGUCAUCCCUUCGUGUGCGGCUGGCAGCAGCUGAGACCCAAGGAUUUUGCCGGAGACUUUGUGCCCUAUGCCUUCAUCCAGCCCAAUGGUUCCUGGUGCUGGUCCAAUGCGGGCUUCAUGGCUUCUCUCAAAGGGCAAGGAUUGCUGGUGGACACACUGAUGGAUCCAGUGCUCACGUCUACGAUGCUCGCAGAAUUGAAACCUGCCACAGGCGUAGGCGGUGGACAGGGUAGCAUUGGAGCGGUGGUCUUCACACAUCCUGAUGUGGAUCACAUCUUGGGCAACCAGGCUGUCCCGCUGGACAUCCCUCGUUUGGGCGACGAGAAAGCGCAGCAGGACAUACUGGCACAGGCCAAGUCCCUGACGAUGAUGCGACUCACGAUUCAUCUGGGGCACCUCUUAUGGCAGACCCUGCAGCUGCUGGGAGGCCCCAGGAUGCUUCCUCUGCUGCCAAGUUGGGCGCAGCCCAAAGCCCUGGAGGUGUUCCGCUUCGCGCACUACGCCUUCAAGUUGGGAGGUUUCAACUUGGAUUCCAUCGAGGGGGAGAAGCUGCCGCACUUUGCGCAGACACUCAAAACAGGAGAUGACAUCGUGGUGGGCUCGUCUCUACCAGUGAAGUUCUGGCAGAUGGGCUCCAUCCACUCCAAGAGCGAUUCUGUGCUGCUCCUACCGGAGAGCCGCGUGUGCUAUGCGGGGGACCUGCUCUUCAUCGGCAUCGCGCCGGUGAUGUGGGCUGGGCCUGCUGCUGCCUGGGUGAAAGCUUUGGACGACUUGCUGGAGGCCACCGGCGAGGACUGGCUCUUCGUGCCGGGCCACGGGCCGGUGACGGAUGCCGCAGGGGUGCGAGGAGUGCGGAGCUUCUUCGAGUAUGUGCACCAGGCUGUGAGCCAGACAUGUGCAGAUUUGCCGCUGGCACAGCAAGAGCUGGAUGAGGAAUGCGCCUGGCGUGUCUUUGAGAAGAUGCCUAAAGAGCUGACGGACAACUUCCACGAGCCGCAGCGCAUCGUGAUCUGUGCACUGAUCGAACGAGCCGCUGUGCGUGUGGGAGGCCCUGCAAAGGUGGACGUGAAGUUCAAGUUGAAGUGGAUCAGCAAGAUGAGUGAGUUUGAGCUCAAACGCGAUUAUUUGGUCGGCACAAGUCCGGGAAGAUCUGAGCUGUUUUUGGACUACUUCCAGGCUCCGGGCGUGAACAUCGGGCGUCAGCCCAUUGUGGUGGGCUCGCGACGCUUCCCCACGUAUCCCUACUACCUGGACGACCUGAUGAACGGGGCCCUGCAGGGCGUUGCACCGCGGGUGCGUAUGGAUCGGUUCGAGAAGGGCGGCCGCGUGGAGGUGAAUCCACAGCUCUUCGAGACCUGCGUGCAGGUGGUGGAGGCCGUCGCCAAGCCGGGACUUUGCGUGCUGAUUUUCCUGCCUGGCUUGUCGGAGAUCGAGCAGCUGCACGAAGCCUUCUACAGUCGCAAGGGUCGCUGUCCAUUGGAUUACCACAUGUUGCACUCGGUGGUGCCCCAUGAGCAACAGAAGCGAGCCCUACUUCCACCACCCGCAGGGCAUUGCAAGGUGGUUCUCUCCACGAACAUCGCGGAGUCAUCCAUCACCAUUCCAGAUGUCCGCUAUGUGUUGGAUUUUGGCAUCGUCCGGAAGAUGGUCUUCGAUGAAGAGCGAGCCAUGCAGAGUCUUUGCAACACUUGGAGCUCCCAAGCCACCUGCCGACAGCGGCGUGGACGUUGUGGACGCUUGCAGGAGGGUGUCAUCAUCUACCUGUUCCCCAGAAGCCACUACGAACGCUUGCAGCCGUACGCCUCGCCAGAGGUGCUGGGAGUGCCAUUGGAGUCGAUCUAUCUCAAGAGUCGCGUGCUGUUGCACCACUUGGGACCUCCAGAGAAACUCCUGGGGCAGUUGAUCGAUUCGCCGCCACAAACGCGCAUCUCUGCAGCUGCGCAAAACCUACGGGACCUGGGUGCUUUGAAGGGAGAGAAGGUUGCAUCCCUGGGCCGUAUCGCCGUCUUUAUGCCCACCACGAUCCAACUCACUAAAUUGGUGGUGCUGAGCUGGGCCCUGGGAAUUCCUGCAGAUGGCAUCGUGAUCGCAGCGGCACUCAGCACCCAGGACGUGUUCAAGAUGGCGGCACCGGCCAACUGUCGGAACCUGGAGGACUUUCCCCGUCACCUGGCCCACAACUACAUCACCCGCGCGCGCUUUGAUGGCGGCCAAUUUUCAGAGCCCAUCAUGUAUCGCAAUUUGUACAAAGAGUAUCUGCAGGUGCCUAAAAAUCAGGUGCGGCAGUAUCACCAAUGGUUGGACGACUGUUGCGUCUCUGUGAGCCGCAUGAGUCAGUUCGCUGCGCUCGUGGUGGAGUUGGCUGCCAAGUUGGGGCAGGCCGUACCCAGCGCCAAGGCGCAUCCGGCCUUGAAGACGUUGUCGGGCUUGAAGAGGUCCCAGCAACUGCCAUACGAAGAGGUGGAAAGGCUCUUCACUCAGGACGAUGAACGCUUGAAGUUCGCCAUCGUUGGUGCUUUCCAGCCCUCUUUCGUGCAAGGUGAGAUCAACACUCAGAACAAGAACAAGGGCAAGAUCAACAACUGCGGCUUUGACCCCAUGAGGACCUGCCUCCUGCAACAGAUCAAGCCGGCGGAGAUGGCGGACGUGAACAACCUCUGGGAGUUCUGCUGUAGCUUGGCGCCCACCAAUGAUGUGAAGCUGAACGACACCGGUAAGGUGGCCUUCAUCGAAUGUGGCGACGACAGCAAGGUCCACGUACCUCCCAGCGAUGUGGUUCACCAGAUGCCUCUGGUGGCACAGCUUCUUCACCAGCUCAUGCGGCAGCCGUGUAAGUUCCAGGUCUUGACGGAUCAGGGAAUUUGGCACGAUGCCAACAAGAUUGGUUCACCCAACUUCCUAAAUGGCAUGAAGUGGCACGUGAACGGCAUGCGCACCAUGGGUUGUCCGUACUGGCGUUCCAACAUGGGCUUCUUCGGCUGA